CAGUCAGAUAAAACGAGGGAAAAGCAAAUGUACGGGGCGUUGAAGAGCAAGUAUGUUGGGCUAGGGGAUGCCGAUACGACGCGGAAAGAGUUCAUCAGCAAUGUGAGACGAGAUACAUAUGCCAGCUUGAUCGGACACGACUCGUUGUUGGAGCACCUGAGCGUGGGGCUGAACAAGCCAAAGCAGAUUGUGCGACACGAGAUGAUUGACAAGAUGGCACGGUCUUAG